UCGGUCGGAUGUAAAUGAAACGGGGUUUCCUUACAAUUUAAAUAGAAAAUUUAGUGCACUUUCUGGGUAGUUAGUACAAAAUGAGAGGCUUCCCCUCAAUCAAUUGCGACGCAUCGCGACAAAUGAAUUGUUGUUGAUGCAUUGAUGUUGCCAUUGAAAAAGUCCUGGAUUCGAGAAAUUUCUUAAGAUGCUCAAGAGACACUAAUUAGUUUUAGGUCUAGUGUAAAAUAUUUUAGCUCUACCCUAAGCGAAUUUGCAAAUUCACAACAGAAGAUAAUAAUUUCGCGACGACGAACUUUCCAUUUCCCAACACCUCUCGACAAUCUCAAUCAACCGACCAGUUUAAUCACCGUCGACAAAACCGCAAAAAUGGGUCGCAUGCACUCCAAUGGAAAGGGAAUUUCUUCCUCAGCUCUCCCAUACUCCCGCGCUCCUCCUUCAUGGCUCAAGACCACCCCAGAGCAAGUUGUUGACCAAAUUUGCAAACUUGCCAAGAAGGGUGCCGCUCCUUCCCAAAUCGGUGUUGUCUUGAGAGAUUCUCACGGUAUUGCUCAAGUCAAGGUUGUUACUGGUAUGUGGAUUUCUUCGAUUUGCAAUUGAUGUGGUUGAAUUUCGAUCUGGCUGGAAUGCGAAUGCUAACUUUCUUGAUUCUUAUAGGUAACAAGAUUCUUAGAAUCCUCAAGUCCAACGGUACGAUAUCCAAUAUUACAUGAAUAGUUCCGUAUCUGCCAUCAUUGGAUUAUAGUACAUCCGCCGUGAUGUGUCAAUUUGUAGUCCUUACAAACGCCUCUGCUUGGUCACAGACUGACAGAGUGACAAAAUAGGCCUCGCUCCUGAGAUCCCAGAGGACCUUUACAUGUUGAUCAAGAAGGUAUGAUUUACUCCAAUCCUCAUGCUAACGUGCAAUCAUAUUAAUCAUCAACUUCAGGCCGUCGCUGUCCGCAAGCAUCUUGAGCGUAACCGCAAGGACAAGGACUCCAAGUUCCGUUUGAUUCUCAUCGAAUCCCGUAUCCACCGUCUCUCCCGUUACUACAAGACCGUCGGUGUUCUCCCACCAACCUGGAGAUACGAGAGUGCCACUGCCAGCACCAUGGUCGCAUAAUAAGUUUCAUGAUAAUAAAAUGAAUACGGAGUUGGGGUGUGGACAUAUUUGCAUCACGAAUUACUACUUUCUUAAGGAGUACUGCUAUAGUAGCAUGAAACUACAUAGCGAAUGAAAUGUUAAGAAACACUUCCAGCAUCGGCCUUGUCCUGAACUACUGUCCAAAU